AUGUAUACCCCAAUAGAGUACGUCCUCACAAUCAUUUCACUUCUCAACUUGUGCACCGCGUUUGUCAUUUACAUUGUUGACAAAAGAGAAGGAGUUUCCGUUAAUUCCGGUAAACAUUUUAAAAGUUUUCGAGUUUGUAUAACAAUGUCUAUACUUUUUGGCGUUGCAUCAAUGUGUUUCCUUUUGCGGAAUUACGAAUUGGAUGGAGCUCAUGUGUAA